AUGUCUCACGCCCUACUUUUUUUCUUGCAGAUUGCGGAUCUGCCUAUGGGCUCGUACGAGAUUUCCCCCGAGCAGGCUAUGGAGUCCGCCAUCCGCCUUGUCAAGGAAGGCCGCGUACAAGGCGUCAAGAUCGAAGGAGGCGAGGAGAUUGCCCCCACCAUCAAACGCAUUACCCAGGCCGGUGUGCCCGUCGUCGGUCAUGUGGGCCUUACACCCCAACGACAGAACUCGCUUGGCGGUUUCCGCGUCCAAGGAAAAACCGCCAAGAGUGCGCUGAAGCUCCUUCACGAUGCAAUCGCCAUGCAAGAGGCCGGGGCCUUUAUGCUUGUCUUGGAGGCGAUGCCGCCUGAGGUGGCCACGAUCAUCACCCAGAAACUCCGGAUUCCCACCAUUGGCAUUGGGGCUGGCAAUGGCUGCUCGGGCCAGGUUUUGGUGCAGGUCGACAUGACAGGCUACUUCCAACCCGGUCGCUUCGUGCCUAAGUUUGUAAAGCAGUUUGCCGAUGUUUGGGGCGAGGCAUCGCGGGGAAUUGCCCAGUACCGCGAGGAGGUCAAGAGCCGGGCUUUCCCGUCGCAAGAACACACAUAUCCUAUCUCACCAGAAGAGCUGGCGAAGUUCGAGAAGACCGUGGACGAGGUCCACUAG